AUGACCCGCCCGCACGCCUGCGCACCGGGCGCGGGAGGUGUAUACACCGGGCCGCGGCGUUGCCACAGCGGUUCGGCAGCCGUCGUGCGGGCGUGCAAGCGCCGGCCCUUUUGGAGCUUCGCACGCGCACGGCAUCUUUCGUCGGCAGCGGUCGCGCUGAACGGGCUCCCCCCGUCGGGCAUCUGCCGCUGCUGGCCCCCCGUGUUCCUUUCAGGGCGACGCGCCGUGACUUUUUCGUGCUCGGGCAGAUGCUUGCGCGCGGCCCUCCCACCUCAGCACACCCACGCCUGGGAAAGGCAGGCGGAUCUAGGGGAGAGGGCAAAAGGCCCUUGCCGCCGCAGACGCGUAGCGGGGUCCCGGCUGUGGCGGCGCGUGCAGAGACAGGCCAUCCAGACACGCCCUAGCCUCCGGUGGUGUCGACGGACAUGGAAGGUGCUGAGGGCCACCCCCCGACAACGACGUCGCCCGGAAACAUGCCCUGAAAACGCCGGGAUGCGGGCGCUGUCGUGCGCGGCUGGCGUGGGGCAUUGCGCCCCAGCCAGGUGUGCGGGGGUGGGGGGCGGAGGAGGGCUGGGCGGAAAAGGCGCGAACGUCUUUGCGCCCGUCAACCCCAAAGGGCGUGUGUGCGAAGCGGGCGGCGUCCUCUACGUCCGGCCGGGUGGGCCGAUGCAGCGCAGACGCCGGAGGCAUGACGAGGACACCCCGGGCCGCGCCGCCGGGUGCUCCGGCCUCGGGUGCGGGGGGUCCUCCGCGCCACGUUGUGGGAUGCCGCGGCUUGGGGUGGCGGGCGGGCGGGGGGUGCGGGUCCUCGGGAGUCUCUGGCCUGGGGCUGGCUGGCUCCUUCCCCCCCUCCUCCCCCCGGGCGUGCCCGGCACAUGCGCCUGGGCCGCCCCCUGCCGACCGCACGGCGGACGUGGUUGCUUUCGCUCUCGAACAGUACCCUGGAUGCGACCCGCUUGGAUCAGGGCAUGCGGCGCGGCCAGGUUCGUGCGGCGCCGAUCGCGCAGCGCGUGUCCCGGGAAGGGGCGGGGCAGGACAGGAAGAGCCGGGUGGACGCGUGGCCCGCGCCGAGGACAGACGUCGUGUCCUAGACGACCGGGCUUUAGCCGCGGCACAGGAGAGGCAGAAGGACGGCGGUUGUGUAUGCGCGUAUUUGCCAACCAGUUCGCGCCACAGCGACGUCUUGAAGGCAAGACGUGUGCGCUCCGCGUCGCGCGUGCGAGAAGCAGGCGGGGAGGAGGGCGUAAGAGAGAGAGAGGCGGAGGCGGAGGGUCGCUCGUACAGUUUUGCUCUGUUUGGACUUGGCAUGUUGCCACUGGCUUUUUGUUUUCCUCUGCUCUGGUGUCUGUCUGCGCGUCACGACGCACCCAGGUGUCACCAAACAUAAGCACACGACUGUCGCCUUCUCGAAGGUGUUGUGCAGCCUUUGCGCGACUUUCCCUCCCGUGCCCUUUUCUCGUCCACCCCCUGCGAUUUUUGAAGGAUUUGCGGAUUGUGAUUGCAUCGGCAACCGGCCCACGCACACGACAAGAGGUGGCCCUAAGACGUGUGCGCGUGCGUGUGUGCGUGUUGAGCGAGGUGGAGAGAAUGGGAGGAGUCACAAUACAUGAGGAGGCCGGCAUAAAGAGGCAGAGGCAGCAUUGUUACCCCCUCCCCUUCACUUGUGCAUCUCUUCUCCGCUCUUCUUGCACUGCUCCAUCGUGUUACGCGCAACGCACUACCCCAAUCACGGCUUGCAUCUUUCUCUCUCUCGCUUAG